GCGUGUCAUGAAAGUAUGCAGACACAGAAAGUAGAGGACUCUUCCAUUGAUCGGUAGCGGCGGGGGAUCGCUGUCCGUUUAUUCUUCUCCCUGACACCGGUGUUCUAUCAGAUAGCCGCCAUGUACCCGGCAGUGUUCUUCCUCCUCCUCCUGGUCCUGGCCCCCUCCCUGCAGAAGGAUCGGGACUUCUACACCUUCCAGGUGGUGAAUAUCAGGGGCAAGCUGGUGUCUCUGGAGAAGUACCGGGGAUCGGUGUCACUGGUGGUGAAUGUGGCCAGUCAGUGUGGGUACACAGAUGGGCACUACAAGGCGCUGCAGCAGCUCCAGCGGGACCUGGGGCCUUACCACUUCAAUGUUUUAGGAUUCCCAUGUAAUCAGUUUGGACAUCAGGAGCCAGACACUGAGCGUGAGAUUGACCAUUUUGUCCGGAAGCAGUACAGCGUGUCCUUCCCCAUGUUCAGCAAGAUUGCCGUCACCGGUAUUGGGGCCAAUAAUGCGUACAAAUAUCUGACUGAGUCUUCUGACAAACAACCGGACUGGAACUUCUACAAGUAUCUGGUUGGUCCGGAUGGUAAAGUGGUGAAUGCUUGGGGUCCAACCGUUUCCGUAGAAGAGAUUAGGCCGCAUGUCACAGAACUUGUGAGGAAGCGGAUCCUGAAAAAGAAGGAUGAAUUAUGACACCUCUUGGCCUCAUCUAGACAGCUCAGUGAAUAAGACGCUCAUUCUAGAAAUUCUGCGUCUGACCAAUCAAAUCAUCCACUUUUAUACUAUAUUACUGCCAAUGGACAUUACUGAUUGGUUGAGAACAUCAACAUAAAAGCAAUAAAUGUUACCAACGUUCAGUCAUGGCGGUCGUCCCUAACAGUAAGAAGACAGCCGCACAAGUCGCUGUGACACCGGAAGAUCUCAUGAGACUAAAUAUAAGCAAUUGUGACAUUACGCGGUAAUUGCGUGCCCGACUGCGUGACAUUCUAUCUGUCGCUCGGCUUGUUCAUCACUAUAAAGGGCAAAAAGUGUCAUUUUCUGGGAUUUUUCUGUAGGCUAAAGUAUUUUUUUUAUUCAAGAAAUAAGUACACCAUGACUGUGGAAGAAAUGAUUACAAAUGCCGCUAGACAUGUUUCCAAUAAAAUGAAUGAGAAAAUGUAUUUCUCUGAGCUAAAUGCAAUAAUCAGAGUCA